AAUUAAAGCCCAUAUCUUGUUCAUUAGAACGGCGUCGUUUCACCAUUGCAAACAGACCGACAUCUUUGGAUGUCAGAGCUCAUAUAAAUACCUUCAAGCAUUAUAUUUGGCGGCAAUGAAGUCAAGCAACAACCACCGGUAAACCGAUUCUCAAUCGUAGCAGAGCGGAGAAAACCAACAGCACAACGGAUGGGAGUCCACGGCCUCUGGGAACUCCUCGCUCCAGUCGGCCGCCGUGUUUCCGUCGAGACCCUCGCCGGAAAGAGAGUCGCCAUCGACGCGAGUAUAUGGAUCAUACAGUUUAUGAAGGCAAUGAGAGACGAAAAGGGGGAGAUGGUUCGGAAUGCGCACAUAUUGGGAUUUUUCCGUCGAAUUUGCAAGCUUCUCUACCUCAGGACUAAGCCGGUUUUCGUAUUUGACGGAGGCACGCCCGCUCUUAAACGUCGGACAGUAAUUGCACGCCGCCGGCAGCGUGAGAAUGCCCAGGCUAAGAUCAGAAAGACUGCAGAGAAACUGCUACUCAAUCACCUUAAAACAAUGAGAUUGAAAGAAUUGGCAGCAGAUCUUGAGAAGCAGAGGCAGGAGAAUGAUAUCAAAGGUAAACGGCCAUUGAUAGAGGAACCGAGUACUCAGCAGGUGACUGGGAAAGGAAAUGAUGAUGUGGCUGUCAAUUACAGUCAGGAAGAAUUGGAUGAAUUGUUGGCAGCAUCUCUCGCUGCAGAGGAGAAUGAGGUUUUUAACGUUGAUGCAUCAGCAUCAGGUUCUGGGAUUCCAGAUAAUGAAGUUUUCGGAGAUGGUGAAGAUGAAGAUGAUGAUGAAGAUGAAGAAAUGAUACUUCCAGAGAUGAAUGGAAAAGUUGACCCUGCUAUCUUGGCUGCUUUACCUCCAUCCAUGCAACUUGACCUCCUAGUUCAGAUGAGAGAGAGACUGAUGGCUGAGAAUAGACAGAAGUAUCAGAAGGUGAAAAAGGCCCCAGCAAAGUUUUCCGAGCUGCAAAUAGAGGCUUAUCUGAAGACAGUUGCUUUCCGACGUGAGAUAGAUGAGGCACAGAAGGCAGCUGCAGGGAGGGGAAUAGGUGGCAUGCAGACUUCACGAAUUGCAUCUGAAGCCAAUAGAGAAUUCAUUUUCUCCUCAUCAUUUACUGGGGACAAACAAUCCCUUACGUCUGCUGGAGUAGAGAGUGCGGGAGCUGAUCAAACUCAGCCCCCACUACCGAGUUAUUCAACCAAUAAAGUCAAGAAAGUUUCGCCAGUCAAAAGUGGCGCAACUGGACCAGCUGUGGCUGAAACCAGAAAAGAUUUUCACGAUGAUGUUGAGACAUACCUGGACGAGAGAGGUCGUCUUCGAGUCAGCAGGGUCAGAGCACUUGGGAUUCGCAUGACUAGAGAUUUGCAAAGGAAUUUAGAUUUGAUGAAGGAGAUUGAUCAGGAGAAAGCAGUCACGAAUAUGGGAAACAUUAAUGAAUCUACCACUGCUAAAAACCCGAUUGACGUCCUAGAUAACAGCUCAUCUGAGAGAUUCCAGAAUCAAGAAAUUGCCGAUGAGAAUGAUGAUGAAGUUGACAAUAUCGAAGAUCCUGCCGUAGUAAAUGGAAAUACUAUCGAGAUUUCCUUUGAAGAUUUAUUGGAGAAUAAUUGUGGUAAUGAUGAUGAUGAUAAGUUAUUUGCUUGUCUGGUGGCUGGAGGCUCGGUCAUGGACUUCUCUGUUGAUAAUUCUGCCUCACUGAAACAAUCUUCUGAUGCUGAUGAUUGCGAGUGGGAGGAAGGAAUCAUUGAAGAAAAAAGUACAGCAUGCCCAUAUGAAGGAGGUAUGAGUGACGAGGGAGAAGAUGAAUGGAAGGAUGGAUUUCAAAAUAUUCAAAUGAAGUCCUCUUCUUGUCCAGAUGAAAGUCAAAGAACUGUUACAAAGGGUGCUCUGGAAGAAGAAGCUGAUUUUCAGGAAGCAAUUAGAAGAAGUCUUGAGGGUACAAUGGACAUCAGAUCUGUUAUUGACUUUCAUGAAGACAAUAUAUUCAGAAGCGCUGGAGAAAUGGUUUGUGAGCCAGAGGUUGAAGGUGUAUCAGCCAAUGUAAGCCAACCAUUUCAGUCAACAAACGCCUUUGAGAGCAACUGUUCAGAAGUAAAGCCUGCUGAAUUUAUAGAAUUGAACCAUGAUAAAAGCAACUUUGACCUGAAGCUUUCUAAUAAAGAUGCUGGUGAAAGUGGAGCUUUGGGUGGAGAAAUACCUAUGUCUUCGGAUGUUGUACCUGAUGGGAAGGGGUUGUCCGUGACUGAUAAGCAGCUAUUCGACAGUUGUGGUGAAGAUGGUAAUGGGCAUGCAGUGAACGAGCUAGAGUGUAACGUUGAGGUUGCAUAUAAUACCGUUAUCUCUGCAAGUUGUUCUGCCUUUACUGAUUCAGUGCAUGGCAAAACUGUGGUCUCUGGUUCUACGGAGGCCCAAAACAUGUCUCAGGGAGCAGUACAUGACCAUUCUGGCAGUACUGCAACACUCAGAAAGAUUUCUGCUGAUGAUUCAAUAACCGUUGUAGAUGGUACUAAAGAAUUGGCCAAUGAGAUUUUUUUUGGUAAUUUUUCAAUGGAAAAGCAGGAAGUUACGAGGAACCAAUCUCUUUUUGAUGAUAAUAAGGAGCAUGAUAUCGUGGAGGAUCGUUUGGAGGAAGAAAUGCUGUUUCUAAGUGAAGAACGUCAGGAGCUGGGAAGUGAGCAACGUAAACAUGAGAGAAAUGCAGAGUCAGUAACCAACGAAAUGUUUGCUGAAUGCCAGGAGUUGCUUCAAAUGUUUGGCUUACCAUAUAUAAUUGCACCGAUGGAAGCUGAAGCUCAAUGUGCUUUCAUGGAGCUCUCAAACCUUGUUGAUGGUGUGGUCACUGAUGACUCCGAUGCAUUCUUAUUUGGAGCACGAAAUGUGUAUAAAAACAUCUUUGAUGAUCGCAAAUACGUGGAGACCUACUUAAUGAAGGAUAUCGAGAAUGAACUUGGCUUAGAUCGAGAAAAAUUAAUCCGUAUGGCACUACUUCUUGGGAGUGACUACACCGAAGGCAUUAGUGGCAUUGGCAUUGUUAACGCAAUUGAGGUUGUAAAUGCUUUUCCUGGGAAAGACGGCCUUCGUGAAUUUCGAGAGUGGAUUGAAUCACCAGAUCCGACGAUUCUUGGAAAUUUCAAUGUAGAAGGAUCUAAUAAUUCGAGAAGGAAAGGAUCUAAAGGUCGUGAGAAUAUCUCGAGUGGCUCAACUAACAACUUAGAUGGGAUUUAUAGUGAGCAAAAUUUACAACAGCCAGUGGGUGAUGCCGAAAGGGUAAAACAGACUUUCAUGAGUAAGCAUAGAAACGUGAGUAAAAAUUGGCAUAUUAGUUCUUCUUUUCCAAGUGAUGCUGUGAUCACAGCAUACGCUUCUCCGCAAGUGGACAAGUCUACAGAAUCACUUGCAUGGGGAAAGCCAGAUCUAUUUGUUCUUCGCAAAUUGUGUUGGGAGAAACUGGGGUGGGGCACGUCAAAAGCAGAUGAGUUGCUGCUGCCAGUUUUGAAGGAGUACAACAAGCACGAGACACAAUUGAGAUUGGAAGCGUUCUACACAUUCAAUGAAAGAUUUGCAAAAAUCCGGAGUAAGAGAAUAAAAAAGGCUGUCAAAGGAAUAGCAGGGCAUAAAUCUUCUGAGUUGAUGGAUGAGACACCGCUGCCUCAAAAUUCAGGGAGUGGGAAAAAACGAAAAGUGAAGCCCUUUGAAGAAGAAGAAGCCAGCCAAUCAGGAGCUGGUACUCAAAAUAAUACGAAUGAUAAACCAGCUGUUAAGCAAUUAAAAAGAGGACGAGCAAAAGAGAAGACUUCAGACAGUAAUCUAGAACAAUCUACCAGUGUAAGAAAAGAAUCAAAUGUAAGAGGAAGAGGACGAGGUAGAGGCAGAGGCAGAGGUAGAGGUAGAGGGAAGGACACAAAGAAUUCUUGUUCUGCCGAUACUGUAAACGGAUCUAGUGAAAGUGACGAAGAAUUGCAGUUUGACAAGUCAGACGAAUCACGUCUAAUGCGAAGGUCAGGGCGGCUUCGAAAGGCAGUGGAUUACACUGAUCCCAAUGAAUUUGACAAUCAUGAAAAGGGAAGUGAAGAUCGCCAUGAGAGCAUUAGCAACGAAGUAAACAGAGCGAGUGAUGUUGAAUUAGAAGGUAAAUUUUUGGUUGAAGAGAUUCAAGAAACAUUCAGGACUGAUAAGAUGAGCAUUAACCAAGUUGAUGAUAAUCAAAUGGAUAAUCGAUCGAAUUUAGGGGAGGAUUAUAUUCAGUUCGGGGGUGGAUUUUGCUUGGAAGAAGAAGAUGAAGAUAAUAACAUUGUUGUUGAUGGUGCUGAUUUGUUGGUGCAAGAAAAUGAUGGGAGUAAUGGACCAUCCAAUGAGAAGACAGAUUUCUGUGGUACUGAGAUGAAUAUCGACGGUUGUGAUUCAUCCGAUGAUCAAUGUCCGAAAUCUCUUCGCGCAAUGCCUAAUUUGAGAAGGAAAAGGAGAAAGACUUGAAUGAGUGAGUGCAUGCAAGGAUGUUAGCUUACAAAAAUUAUUCGGGUUUCUUUGUUUUGUCUACAAAUUUGCCCAACUGUUUAAUCGUUAGUUUUUAGUAUUUAAUUCUUUUUUAAAUGUUAUAUAUAUUAAUAUUAUUAAAAGAAACAAAAAUAUUUAGGAUUUCGUGCUUUUCGUGUUCUAGAACACGAAAUACUUACAUUUUCGUAAAAAAAUGAAAUUCAAACAACUUAUUUUGA